GUUUUUCUGAUUUUUUGCUUUAACCCUAUUUUCUCACAGAGAGGAGGAAGGAGGAGCUAGAAAACAAGCCACCCUCCCCCUUUUUCCGUUUCUCCUGCUCGGAAGCACUGUUCCUAAAUUCCCAAUUCACGUCAAAACAAUAUCCGAUAUAACACGAGGAAAAGGAAUUUUGUUUUGGUAAUAAUCAAAUACAAUUUACUACCUGAACCUCUCUCUAUCUCUGGAAUCUCAGAGCAGCUGCCCCCAUAGCCUUAUUUGAGGAGCCUCUGGUCCGGCAACGGGAGUUGAAAGUUUGGUUGGAGGGUUUUGAGUGGGAAAUGGCGGGAACCGCUAGUGAGGAGUCUGGAACAGGAAGCACUGUGGAUGAAAUUUCUAGUGCACAGCAGUGCCAAUCAGGAGAAGCAUUGACAGAGUGGCGCUGUUCUGAACAAGUUGAAAGUGGAACCCCAUCAACAUCACCCCCUUAUUGGGACACUGAUGAAGAUGAUGAUGGGCCAAGACCUUCCGAGUUAUUUGGAAGACAUGCAUGGAAGAUAGAGAAAUUUUCACAGAUCACUAAAAGAGAACUUCGUAGUAAUGUAUUUGAGGCUGGCGGCUACAAAUGGUAUAUUUUAAUUUAUCCCCAAGGCUGUGAUGUUUGCAAUCAUCUCUCCUUAUUUCUCUGUGUUGCCAACCAUGAAAAACUUCUCCCAGGUUGGAGUCAUUUUGCGCAAUUCACGAUAGCUGUGGUGAAUAAAGAUCCUAAGAAGUCAAAAUAUUCUGAUACACUGCAUCGAUUUUGGAAGAAAGAGCACGACUGGGGUUGGAAGAAGUUCAUGGAGCUAUCAAAAGUGCUAGAUGGGUUUAUUGAUGCCGACUCUCUUAUUAUAAAGGCGCAAGUGCAAGUGAUCAGGGAAAAAGCAGAUAGGCCUUUUCGCUGCCUUGAUUGUCAGUAUCGGAGAGAACUUGUUAGGGUAUAUUUGACAAAUGUUGAGCAGAUUUGUCGGCGUUUUGUGGAGGAGAAACGGGGCAAGCUGGCAAGGUUGAUAGAAGAUAAAGCUAGAUGGUCAAGCUUCCGUGCUUUCUGGUCAGCAAUGGAUCAAACUACUCAGCGCCGCAUGUCUAAGGAGAAAAGAGCUGCAAUACUUAAAGUUGUUGUGAAGCAUUUCUUUAUUGAAAAGGAAGUCACUUCAACUUUGGUGAUGGAUUCCUUAUAUAGUGGAUUGAAGGCUCUUGAGGAUCAGGCUAACGGAAAGAAGGGGAGGGCGAAGUUGUUAGACGUCGAAGAAAUGCCAGCUCCUAUUGUUUGUGUGGACAAAGAUAUGUUUGUGUUGGUGGAUGAUGUGCUUCUACUACUUGAGAGGGCUGCAUUGGAACCAUUGCCUCCAAAAGACGAGAAAGGCCCUCAGAAUCGCACAAAGGAUGGAAGUUCUGGGGAGGACUUCAACAAGGACUUUAUCGAGUGUGAUGAAAGGAGGCUUACAGAAUUGGGUCGUAGAACUGUGGAAAUAUUUGCCCUCACCCAUAUAUUCAGCAAUAAAAUUGAAGUUGCCUACCAGGAAGCUGUUGCUUUGAAGAGGCAAGAAGAGCUCAUCCGUGAAGAGGAGGCAGCAUGGCUAGCUGAGAGCGAGCAGAAGUUCAAACGUGGAGUGCUAGAAAAGGAAAAGAAAUUAAAGAAGAAACAGUCUAAACAAAAGCGGAACAAUCGCAAAGGGAAGGAUAGAGGGAGGGAGAGGGUUGUAACCCAAGAGAAGCUACUAGAUGAACAACCUAGUGAAACAAGAGACUCCAUUGUGGAGGAUGAUCCGCCUGUGGUUGAAAAGCCGGAUGUGAUGGAAAAUGUUUCCGAUGUGUCUGAUUCAGUGGAUGGUGUAGCUGAGGUAGUUCCACUUGAUUCAGAAGAAAGGGAUGCCAGUCUUGUCAAUUGGGAUACUGACACGUCAGAAGUUCAUCAUUCAACAGAAGCUGGUAGCAGUGAAAUUAGUGCACUGUCAUCAGUACCGAAUGGAACUGAUAAAAGGAGCCCAUCUGUGAUGGAUGAUAGCUCCUCAACAUGUUCUACAGACUCAGUCCCUUCAGUUGUAAUGACUGGGUCCUACAAGGGGAGUUCCUUUUCAAACUAUCAAAAUAAAAAAUCACCUAGCAGAGAAAAGAGUCAACGAGGUAAGGUCACAUGUGAUGGAGAAGGUUGGGCAAAUGGAAUGGAUAAUCAGACAUCUGUGCCUGUAGUAGAUGCAAUGGAUAUUCAUGAUGCCUCUGGAAGUAGCAAAGCUGGUGAAUCUGAAUCAGAAGCUCCUCGCUCCAUGAAGGGGCAGAUUAACUGCCUUGAGCAGAAUGCGUUUAAGAAAGUCAGUUACUCUGAAGAAGUUGCACCACGGCAGAAGAAAUUUGGCUCCAAAGAUCUCAAUGUGGAAAGCUCUAAUAAAGAAAAGUCAACAGCUUCACCACCCUCUCCCAAAAGCCCUCCCAGAAAUCUGCCAUCUGGUCUUCCAUCGAAGUCGGGGCAAAAUGUUCCAUCGAAGUCUGCGCAAAAUGUUCCAUUGAAGUCAGAGCAAAAGAUGACCGCUCCAGUGGAUCCUGCUCUAGUUAAGAAAGUUUCAGUAUAUAGCUCACCACAGAGUGGAAAAGUCACAUCUUUAACCACUUCUUCCCAGAACUCAAGCAUGUUGAAACUUGAGGCCCAGAAUACAGUAGCUGCAAAACCAACAGAAAAACCCAUGCUACAGCAAGUGCCUCCGAUGUCAAGGCCUUCUAGCGCUCCUCUAAUCCCUUCUCCCCGAGCAAUUGCUCCUGUUGUAUCCAUGGUUCAGACAGCGCCAUUAGCCCGUUCAAUUAGUGCAGCUGGCCGAUUGGGUCCUGAGCCGUCACCAGCUACUCAUAGUUAUGGUCCACAGACUUAUCGAAAUGCCAUAAUGAGUCACCCUGUUGGUUCAGGUUCUGCUGCUUUCAACCAUCCCAGCCCUCCGAGUUCGGGAAUAACUCUAUCUUCAGCGUACUCACAGUCACCCUCCUUGUUAUCAGCCCCUGUGUUUGUACCACCGAGCUCUGAAAGGGUAGACCCAAACUAUGUUCAGUCUGGCUUCUCUUAUGGCAUGGGGAUUGUGGAUGUCGUACAGAAUGGGCCCCAGUGGCUUGAAGGUUCUCAUAGGGAUGGCAAUAGGAAUCUUCAUCAUGAUCCUUCUCUGCUUAAUGGCAUUCAAAACCUCGACUUGUACAAGCCUGUAAACAGUGGAUCACGGGAGCAUUUCUCGCCCGAGUUUCGAGCUUCUACUUCUGGGCGUCACACCCAAGGCGUGGUAACAGAUGAGUUUCCACAUCUUGAUAUCAUCAAUGAUUUGCUUGAUGAUGAACAUGGGGUUAAAGGAGAUAGGGCAAACACAGUGUUCCAUUCUCGUUGCAAUGGGCCAAUCUUAAAUCGACAAUUCACUUUUCCUUGCGAAGUGGGUGAAUCAGGUGACUUGGGGAUGUCAACCAGUUCCGGCAGGAUUGAGCGAACACAGAGUUACCAAGAUGGCGGAUUCCGGUGGGGAUAUAGGCCACCUAGCAGUCAUUUUGACUCAACGGGGGAUUUUCCCCCUCAUUCUAAUAGUUCGUUACCUCAUACUAACGGUCAUAUUGAUGGGCUGAUGCCAAACCAUUGGCAGAUGACCAGUUCUGACCCAUCUUCACUAGGCGGCAUGAGGAAUGUGGAUGGUGAUGGUUACCCACGUUACAGUCCAGAUUAUUCAAAUUUGGCGUGUGGCGUCAAUGGCUAUACUGUAUUUCGGCCUUCAAAUGGACAUUGAAGAAACUAUGAUGGCAAUUUGCCUGCUAACCUGUGAGGGGGUGAUGGUUCAUUGUAAUGAUGUAUGAACUAUGAAGGGAUUGUUUUGGGUCUCAGGUUGUAAUGAGGCUACAAUUUUUUUUAUAAAAAACAUUUUGUAAAGAGUGUUUCUCCUGCAUUGCCUUUGCCUC